AUGGCUAACUGUGGACCUUCCUGCGCCGUCCCAUCUUGUGCUUCCACCCCAGUCGUUGGUUUUGGACCAGCCGGCUGUGGUUUUGGCGGUGGCCUUGGCCUUGGCGGUGGAUUAGGCGGUGGAUUCGGCUAUGGUUCUGGCUAUGGCUCCGGUGCCCUGGUUGGAUCCGGCGUCCCUUCUGCCAGUCUUGGUAUUCUUUCUGGAGUCCAGCCUUCAUGCGUCAACCAGAUCCCACCAGCAGAGGUCGUCAUCCAGCCUCCGGCCGCCAUCGUGACCGUCCCAGGACCCAUCCUCUCUGCCAGCUGUGAGCCCGUGGCUGUGGGAGGAUAUGCUCCAUGCUCCCCUGGUGGUUAUGGAUCCGGAUUUGGUGGCGGAUUUGGCAGAGGUCUCUAUGGUGGUGCAGGUCUUCUGGGGUCUAGCUCUGGUGGUUUGGGGGGCCGUGGCCGUUAUGGGUAUGUGGGGCGUAGAGGCAGCAUCUGCUAUACCCCCUGCUAA